AUGGCGUCAUCCCGCCAUACUGGUGGGGGGCUGUCGUCCAACCCUUCCAUGUCUUCUUCUACCAGCGUUCGGACGCGGUUCAAACGAGAUCCUCAACCUACGACAAUCCAAAAAUGCUUUUGCAUUUUAUGCAUCAUUAUCUUGGUAGUAAUCUGUACAUGGUCCGCUGGACCAAACUUCUUGGGUUAUACCAGAGCAUCGGAUGGUACCAUCAUGGCCAAAAUGGAAGACGUGGUGACAGUCCCACUUGGCCCGAAAGCAAUAACGAUUCAUGGGAUGGAACAUUACUAUUUAUUACCACACAAAAGACCAGAGGGAGUCUUGAUUUUCUUUCAUUCUUGCCAUCGAUCUGGGUCCUCCUUUUUUCAAUACCCGGAAGAUCGCAUCAUUGCCUAUGACGCUUUGCAACGAGGAGUUGCCGUCUUUGCACCCACUUCCAAAGAUAGAGAAUCAGGUUGCUGGACCCAAAAGGAUUUGCCCACUAUUCAAGAAAUUGUGGAAGAAUGGGUUUACAGUCACGACUUGAACGAAUUGCCACGCAUGGGAAUGGGGGAUUCCUCGGGAGCCUCCUAUCUCUUUUUUGUCUUUUCCACUUUGAAGUUGAAAAGCAUGGCCUUGUACAAUACAAAUCAAAUAUUUCUUCAAGAAAACAUGAAGAAAAAGAGUGGCAAGGCCAUUCCUACAGUCUUUGUCAGUAUGAAGGAGGAUGAAAUCUUGACGAAACGCAUGACCAAGAAUUACGAACAAAUGUCUUCCACGGGAAUCCCAGCCAAGCAAUUCCAAAUUUCUCCGCAUCCUUUCAGUAGUUCCCUCUGCUAUUCUCGGUUUCCCGAAUUUGAAAAUGAUGAUUGUGAGAAAUUGCAUACGGCCAUGAAAACCGAAUUGCCAGGUUUCGACCGACGAUCCGUUGUCAAACAAACCUUGACGAAUGACGAAUGGGAAACCUUUUUUGACAAAAUAAAAGACUUAAUCGAUUAUUCCUCGGCGUCUAGCUAUUACGUGAGGGAUGAUGCUCACCCUCGGGGCCAACCGCGGGCGUGGAUCAAUGAAGGAAUCCAACAAGAAAUCAAAGCCUCGCAAGGAUUUCAUUCCCUGACAUCGGAGAAUCAUUCGUAUAUUUUGGACUUUUUGAUCAAGGAAGCUCGGUCGAAACAAAGCUUUUUGAGAAAAAGCAAAGAUGAUGGAGAAUAA